AUGACCGUUUUAAUCAAAGGUUUAGAUAUGAUCGUCUUAAUCAAACGUUUAGAUAUGAUCGUCUUAAUCAAAGGUUUAGAUAUGACCGUCUUAAUCAAAGGUUUAGAUAUGACCGUCUUAAUCAAACGUUUAGAUAUGACCGUCUUAAUCAAACGUUUAGAUAUGACCUUCCUAAUCAAACGUUUAGAUAUGAUCUUCCUAAUCAGACGUUUAGAUAUGAUCGUCUUAAUCAAACGUUUAGAUAUGAUCGUCUUAAUCAAAGGUUUAGAUAUGACCGUCUUAAUCAAAGGUUUAGAUAUGACCGUCUUAAUCAAACGUUUAGAUAUGACCGUCUUAAUCAAACGUUCAGAUAUGAUCUUCCUAAUCAAACGUUUAGUUAUGAUCUUCUAA